AUGUCUGAUAAAAUACCAAGACCAAAUGUGUUUUCUGUGUUUAAUUAUAAGAAAAAAAAAGAUGGUUGCAAUAGUAUUGAAACAACAGUGACGCUUGAUCAAUCUGAAGUAAAAGAAGUAAAAGUCCAUAAGUUCCAGAUAAAAUCCAAUAUUGGCAAUAUUUCAGAUUUAGGCGAUAUUGAAAGUGGACCAAAACAACCAAUAUUAAUGGCAUAUCCUAAAACGCUCAUUGGCACUCAAAAAAGAGGAUUUUCUAGUAGUUGCUAUAAUGAUAAUGCAUGGCUUGAAUAUAGUUGUCACCUCGAUGCUGCUUUUUAUUAUUGUUGCCGGUUGUUUGCUUCUGGUAGUGGGAAUCAAGAAGAUACAUGGACAGUCACUGGGUUUUGUAAUUGGAAAAAGCUUACAGAUAAAAUAAAGAGUCAUUCAUCAACAACAAUUCAUUUAACUUGUAUGAGUAGGAUGAAUUCUUAUAAAUCUUCCAAAGUAUCUGGUUCAGUUAUGUGUCAAAUUUCUACUGCCCAAAAUGAUCAAAAACAAAAAAAUGAGGAAUACAUAAAAACGUUAAUUGAUAUAACUUUAUUUUUAGCUAAGCAAGGAAUAGCUUUUAGAGGGCAUUUAGAGGAUAAGGAAUCUAACAAUCAAGGCAAUUUCAAAGAAGCAUGUAAGCUUGUAGCCAAAUGUAAUUCAAAUUUUGAUUCAUUAUACAGCAAAAAAAUUUCACACACUAGCUGGAUAGUACAAAAUGAAUUGAUUGAUAUUUGUGCAGAACAUAUUAAAACAACUAUUAUUAAUGAAGUUAAGUCGACAGGGAUUGUGGCAAUAAUGGUUGAUGAAGCUAGAUCAUAUAAAGAAGAACAGUUAUCAAUAUGCAUAAGAUAUGUGAAUGGUUUAGAUGUUUGCGAACGUUUCUUAACUUUUAUUGAUGUUUCAAGUAGCCAAAAGGCAAUUGAUAUUGUUGCUGCUAUACUCAUGUUUUUAGAACAAUCAAAUAUGAAAGAUGUUAAAGUAAUAGCACAAUCAUAUGAUGGGGCCAGUGUUAUGUCGGGACAGCAUGGUGGUGUACAGACUUUAAUGAAAGAGCAUUAUCCUUAUGUCAUAUAUAUUCACUGUGUGGCCCAUAGAUUGAAUUUGAUUGUAGUAGAUACUUAUACAAAUAUAAUAAAUGCAAGAAACAUGUUUAAUGUAUUGGAAUCAAUUUAUACACACUUUUCUCAUCCUAAAAAAAAUAAAAUGUUACAUGAAUUUCAAAUAAAUCUUGGUCUUUCUCAACGGUCUAUUAGUAAAAUCUGUGAUACGCGAUGGAUAUGCAGAUAUAAAACCUGCAAUGCUAUAAAAACAAAUUUUAAAGCAAUAGUUAAGGCAUUACAAUUUGAAAUUAAUGAGACAUCAGAUAAAGAUGUUACUCAAGCUAUAGGUAUGAACAUUUUUUAA